UGUCCUGUGGAGACGCCUUCCUAUUUCGAGGUGUGAAGUUGAAGAGGGCGCCGCAUGAAUUACUGUCACAAAACACAGUCAAGCCGGAGACUAGAAGACUACUUCUGGAGAUGGCUCAAGAGGACCAGAGUGAGACAUCACAACAAACAGCAGCCAGUGACGAAGAGAGGGAGACCAUGAACAAGGCUUCUUCCCCUGUUAUUGAGAUUCAUGACUCUACCACUGAAUGCGAGGAGGAGACGAGACCCAAUCUAGUGCAGAUGGAGGAGAAGGCUUUUGUGUCACGUCUGCGCUCUUUCAUGAAGGACAAAGGUUCACCCAUAGAAAGGAUCCCACAUCUGGGCUUCAAACAGAUUAAUCUUUGGAAGAUCUACAAAGCUGUUGAGAAACGUGGAGGCUAUGAUUUAGUGACGGCACAGCGUCUUUGGAAGAAAGUGUAUGAUGAGCUGGGAGGAAGUCCAGGUAGCACCAGUGCUGCUACUUGCACUCGCAGACACUAUGAGAGGCUCGUGCUUCCCUUUGAAAGACACAUAAAAGGAGAGGAAGACAAACCUCUGCCACCAAGCAAACCACGGAAGCCUUAUAAGAGAAACCUGGAUGGCAAGGUCAACAAGGCUGAACUGAAGAGGAAAAGGACCCAGUCGGAUAGAGAGAUGGAUUCUGAGAGGAGUCCAGAGCCUUCCUGCCAAAGUGAAGCAGCGAUGCAUCCUCACUCUGCUCUCUGGGCCGCCGCCUCUGACAGACACCAUCCAGACUGCUCUCAGCCAAACAGAGCCGCCACCGAUCUUUGCACUCCUUUCUAUGCCCACCCUCUCCCGGUCUCCACAUCCAGUCCAUGGACUGCUCAUAUCCCAGUUGCUGCUGGAGAGGUCAUCUCUCCUCUGGAGAAGAAAAAGCGAAUGGCUCAGGCCAGCCUUAACUUGCCCCCAAGUCCACAGAGUGAGGAUAAAGAACGGCCCUCCGUCAUCCGCUGCUCCCAGUCUCCAGCCCGGGCUUCUUCCAGCCAGAACUGCAACUCCUCCGAGGGCUCCCCGCUCCCUUUAUCCUCCUCUUCAUCCCGCAGCCCUUCUCCUUACUCGGUUUCAUCAGAGGACGGUCCAGCAGGGAAUGAAGAUAAACCUGCAUCAAGCUCAGAAUUGAGCCAAAACUGUUCUAGCUCUCUUAAAAGUGCAUCCAACUGCAGUGAGGACAACAAGUCUGUGAGCUGUGCUCAGAUAUCCAAAGACCUUGCAGGACCAAAUAAAGACAUUAGUCCUGCUAGCUCCCAAUCGCUGACCACUGACUCAAUAAAAAGUCAGAUUAAAGACUCUGCCUGGAAGCCAAUCCUCAAAGGGAGAGGAAAAUACGUCACCCAUCCUUUCCACACAACAUCAACCUCUAGUUUCACCAAAGUUAUUCCAAAAUCUGCGCAGCUUCUACGGCCUGCUCCUAUUCGGCCAAGUUAUAAAAUCCACCAGAACAGGUUGGUGCACCAGGACGACCCUCUGACUUGUGCAAAAAAGCUGAAUAACAUGGCUCCGUGGCUUUAUCAGACAGAGAAGAGGGAAAAAUCCAGGACAAUGCUUCAAAAAGUUCCUCCCACUCAGCAGAGUCUGUCCCAUUCCACCUCCACCCUGCCGGUGUCAUGCGUCCUAUCGAGCUACGACAAAUCAGGGAGAGACUCUCGGCACCAGCCUCCAUUACACCCCAUGUUUCUGCCCAACAGAAUGAGGCUACCUCAGUCCCAGCUAAUGUACCGUCAUAUACCAGUGGGCCCAGCUCACUCUGCUCUCAUUGGGACUGCUGUUUACCCAUAUCCCUACUCCAUUCCUGUGCUAAAUCCCCAAAGUGGAUAUGGCCUUUCUCCAAUGAAUCCCAUUUAUCACCACAAACUGUGAUUAAAAAAAAAAAAAUUAACUGUCAAAAAAAAUAAUAAUCACAUUUCAUCUUUACACUGAAGAAGACAGCUAAUGAGCUUGUCCCUCUUUUGUAUUGAUCAGUGUAUUUUUGCUGAGGCCUUACUGGUGUUUCAAAGAUGGCAUAAGUAUGUAAGUCACACAUAUUUCGGUUCUGUGGCUUCACACAAACUGGUUCUGUCAGUCAGUAUAAUUUACUGUGACCUACUGUGACUAAUACCAAACUAGAAUGAAAGGAAAUGAAGUCAGAGCAGUGAUGGCUGGGGAUAUUUAUAAGAUAACAGAGAAACAGGUUAAAUUAUCUAACUGCGUCAAAUGGGUGCGUUAUUCACCCUUUUUCUUAGUAAAUGCCACUUAACACAAUUACAUGUACAGAAAAAAAAUUACAAAUUUUAAUGACUUAUUUUUGUGAAGAUGACAAAUUCACAACAGAUUGCUUAAACACAUACAGUUAGAUUUGAAAAUUCAGAUGUUAGAAUCACAGUUCUUCCACGUUUGUCUUCACUUGCACAAUUUCAAUACUUUUUUUUGAAAGCUAAAAACUUUCUAUACUGUUCUUCAUUGUACUGUAUCACUGAACAUAAUGAUACAGUAUGAGUACUGUAUCUGCCUUACAUCAGUGUUAAAUAUUUUUCAAUAAUUACAUGCAGAUCUCCAAAUGUAUUUAUACAUAAGGUAAGUAAAUGAUCGUGAAUAAAUAACAAUAAACAUACAUUAAAAAAAAAAAAAAAAAACUUUGGUC